CGUCAUCAUCGUUUCUCGGCGUGCUUUAAUGUCCCCUUCGUUUUCUUCCAAGGUCGGCCCCCUCAGAGGCUGCUGCUGUUCAGUGCGUCGCUCUCCUCCAACACAUCGCCUCUUCUUCAGUUUCUCGCCGCCGUGAUCGAAUCUGUCGUCAAGAUUCGAGCUUGCCGCGUUUCCACGGCGCAGGGAGCCGGUUCCUUGAGGCAAAAUCGAAUCUUUGAUCGGGGGAAGAUCGGCGUUGAUUUGGGGAUUUUGAUGGGCUGGUUAUGCUGCUUCAGAGGUUCAUCCUCUAGGUUUGCAGGUUCUUCAGCUGAUGCUGGUAAAGGGAGAAGCUCUAAUAGCCGUGCAAAAAUCACUUAUGGAUUUAGCCUUGUAAAGGGGAAAACAAACCACCCUAUGGAGGAUUAUCAUGUUGCUAAGUUCAUUCAUAUGAGAGGACAGGAACUUGGUCUAUUUGCUAUAUUCGACGGACACUUGGGGAAUAAUGUACCUGCCUAUUUACAAAAGCAUCUAUUUUCAAACAUUUUGAAAGAGGAAGAAUUUUGGACGAAUCCGGAUGUAGCUAUUUCAGAAGCCUACCAAAAGACCGAUAGGGCAAUUCUUUCACACAGUCCUGAUCUUGGUCGAGGCGGAUCAACUUCUGUUACUGCAAUCCUCAUCAAUGGCACAAAGUUAUGCAUAGCUAAUAUCGGUGACUCGAGAGCAGUUCUUGCAAAAGGUCAACAAGUGUUACAAAUGACAGUUGAUCAUGAUCCCAACACUGAGCGUGGAAGCAUUGUGAAUAGAGGAGGUUUCGUAUCGAACAUGCCAGGUGACGUCCCAAGGGUUAAUGGCCAGUUAGCUGUGUCGCGUGCUUUCGGAGACAAGAGUUUGAAAUCACAUUUACGGUCCGAUCCUGAUAUUUGUUGUUUAAACAUUACAUCAGAAACAGAGCUACUCAUCCUUGCUAGUGAUGGUAUAUGGAAGGUCAUGAGCAAUGAAGAGGCAGUCGCGAUUGCCAAAAGGUUUAAGGAUCCACAAUCCGCGGCAAGACAAUUGACCACCGAGGCAUUGACUAGAGACAGCAAAGAUGACAUUUCAUGUGUUGUUGUACAAUUCAGAUCAUAAGAAAAGCUUGUUUCUUUCAGUCAUUCAUAACCAGAGAUAAAUUUUUCAGUUGACCAUCAGAAAUUUGGAAGAUUGGUGAGGUUACUAAUACAGAUUCAUAUGGUAAUACCUUGAGAACUGAAAGCACCAAAGAGUUCAGCUUUCCGCAAUCAGUGUGAUCUUGCACCGUUUCCAUUUUGCUCGAUGCAUCAAUGAUCAGGAGACUCCCCUGUUUCUAUGAGCAGGGAAACUAGUAGACCUCUCCUUAAGGUUGGCUUUCGCAUAAUGGUUUGUUGGAUUGGUUACUUUCUUUUCUUUAGCAUUCCUUUUCCUCUUUGGAUUGCAGUUUUGCAGCAGAGUUUUGGAUUUAGGUUGCUAAUGUUCGUGAUAAGAUUGCGAUCGUCUCUAUGUAAUUUGUUAAAAUAAUUGUUGUUUUUAAUCCAG